AUGUUGAAAAAAUCAUCUGAUCAUCGAACAUUGAAUAAUUCUUCAUCAUCAUCAUCAUCAUCAAAAAGUUCACGUAAAUGUUCGAAUAAAAAAUCUUUAAUUAUAACCAGUAGUAGUAGUGGUGGUGGUGGUGGUGGAUUAAAAUCAACAUUUAUAGAUUAUAAAACUCCUAUUUCUACAACCGGCUGUAAUAGUAGUAAUAGUCAAACAUCAUCAUCAUCAUCAGAUAUUGAUCCAAAUAUUAAUCGAUUCAUUAAUCAGAUAUUCGAUCAAAAACAACAGCAGCAACAACAUCAACAAAAUAGUCAAUCAAUAUCUAAACAACAAUCAGAAAAUGAUUGGAUCAAUUGUAAAGCUAUUAAUCUUGGUGAAUAUUCUGGCAUUACAUUAUCGGAUGCACAACCAAAAUCCAAUGUAGAAAUAAUGGUAAAUAAAUCAUCAAUGGCUGGUAAAUCAAAGAAUAUGAUGAUUAAUCGAUCUAGUAGUCAUAAAAAUAAUGAUUUAUCAAUUAUCAUAACAAAAGAUCAGGAUAAAUAAUGGCAGAAAAGAAAAAUUUUUUUUUUUUUUUUUUGGCAAUAACAUUU